CAAAUCCGACGAGGAUGCGCACAUCACGCCACAAUCAUCAUCGUCACUCACAUGCUGCUGAAGCCGGUAGUUAUCGCAAACGUGGCGGCAAUUUAGUCCGUAGACAUUAAUUACUACGUAUCAUUUGUGUUGUUAACAAUUGGACGCUUCUUCCUUGUCUCUCUUUUAUACGCCUACCGCUCCAGGAAACGCAUCCAAAGCGACCUGGCAUGCAGUGAAAUCGUUCAUAUCACAAGGAAAGCGUUCAUUUGUCACAAUGGUGGCAGGUGAGUUUCUCCAGGAGCAGCAUGUUCUGCCCGACAGCGCGCCUGAAGGAAACACAGACGAGGACAGCGGCUACAAGGAGCUCUCCAACGGGUCGGUCCACAUCACGCUGGACCCGAAGGUGCAGGAGCAGGAGCUUCCACCGCCGGAUGAAAAAGAGGCGAUGCUACCCACUGAGCAGAGGACUGAUGCGCUGGAGACCAGACUCUACUGGAGGCGCUUUGCGGUUCUCGCGGUGUUCAGCCUUUAUUCGCUCGUCAACGCCUUCCAGUGGAUACAGUACAGCAUCAUUACGAACAUUUUCAUGGACUAUUAUGGUGUAACAAGCAUCGCGAUCGACUGGCUCUCCGUGGUCUAUAUGGUCGCGUACGUGCCUUUAAUCUUCCCCGCGACGUGGCUGUUGGAUAAGAAGGGGCUGCGGGUGACUGCGCUUCUUGGGGCCGGGUUGAAUGCCCUGGGCGCGUGGGUGAAGUGCGCCAGCGUGGGACCCGGCCUGUUCUGGGUCACCAUGACCGCGCAGAUAAUAUGCUCAGUGGCACAGGUGUUCAUCCUUGGCCUUCCCUCCAGAAUCGCGUCGGUUUGGUUCGGCCCGAGAGAAGUUUCCACGGCCUGUGCCACUGCUGUAUUGGGCAACCAGCUUGGUGUAGCCAUAGGAUUCCUCCUCCCCCCUGUACUGGUUCCCAACACCGCAGACGACAAAGAUCUCAUGGGCCACAACAUCAGCAUUAUGUUCUACGGGACAGCGGCAGUUUCAACUCUGCUCUUCUUUCUAACAAUAUUUGUCAUUAAGGACAGACCUCCACUACCACCCAGCAAAGCCCAAGCUGUUCUUUCCACUGGUCCAGCCGAAGACUAUUCAUACAAGAAGUCAAUCAUUAACCUCUUCCGAAACAAGCCCUUCAUUCUGCUCCUCAUCAGCUACGGUAUCAUGACCGGAUCGUUCUACUCUGUCUCUACACUUCUCAAUCAAAUGAUUAUUACUCACUACAAGGGUGAGGAGCUAAACACAGGCAGAAUCGGCUUGACCUUGGUGGUGGCAGGAAUGUUUGGCUCCAUACUUUGUGGAAUCUGGCUGGAUCGUACUAAAACCUAUAAAUUGACAACACUAAUCGUCUAUGUCCUGUCCUUCAUUGGAAUGGUGGUCUUCACAUUCACACUGAACUUGCAUCUGCUUGUCAUCUUCUUCACUGCUGGAGUCUUAGGGUUUUUUAUGACUGGUUACCUUCCGAUUGGGUUUGAGUUUGGUGUUGAAAUCACAUACCCCGAGUCUGAGGGCACAUCAUCUGGUCUUCUGAAUGCAUUUGCACAGGUGUUCGGUAUCAUUUUUACUCUCAUCCAAGGGAAGCUCACAACAGAUUACAACCCACUCAGCGGAAACAUUUUCUUGUGUGCCUGGAUCCUGCUUGGGAUCGUGCUGACAGCUCUGAUUAAAUCAGACCUCAAAAGACAUGACGUCAAUGUGGGCAAUAUUAACAAAGGACAAGCAGUUCCCACUGAACUGCCUUCUGACAAAGAUUCCAGCGACGUCAAGAUGGAGUCUUCAGGUUUACCUCACGAGACCUCAAUUUAAGUCUUUAACGUCUCCAACAGCACAUCAAACAUCAGAACUGAUCAGACCGUCCUGAGAUGACUUGAAAUCUCUUUCUGCUGUAAUGAUGUUAUAGUACAAUUUUCUGUGAAAACAGACUGUAAUAAUUGUUCACAAAUAUACUGUGAAUUCAUUUCUCUUCAAUCUAGGCUUAAAAAGGACAACGUUUACCUACAAUACGUCUCUUAAUUAUCAAAGCAUGGUACUUUUUAUUUGUUUCAAGAACUGUGGACCAAAUAUUCCGUAUUUAAGAGGGUUUCUAAUGCCCGUAUGCACAAUCCUGUUAGUGUGAUUGGAAAGCAUGUUUGUUUGCUUCGUCUCAAGGACCUUUCUGAUUGUGUGUGUCUACUGUAAAGCAAUGUUAUUCAUGUUGUGAAACACCCAAGGCCAUGAAUUCCUAUUUUAUUUAUUCAGGACGAUGAAGAAUUUCCAUGCUUUAAAUGAAAAGUGUUCUGCAAUCUAAAAAGCAUCGCUCGUAAAACAUCCACAAUGAGGCUGGGACAUCAUUUUAAGUGCUUAUGUAAUCAUUGCAAGCUAAAAUCAAAUAUUGUUCGACCUCUCACACAUUUAACAGGAAGAUACUUUGAGAGAUCAGACUUGUUUAGUCUUUUCAGAAAAGCACAAAUCAACCUGUCAACAUUUGUACCACAUUAAGAAUGUUUCGUUUAAAGGAAUGUGUCUGUCUAUGAGAGUGCAUUGCUAACAGGCCUAGCGAGGUUUCGUGAAAAUGCUAUACCUCAGACGUGUGGUGGAAAAAAAAGCACUGUUUUAUAUGCCUAGGUUUACUUUCCAUUAACUAAUUUUGUAUUGUAGAAGCAUAUUUAUUGAAAAGACGGCUUUUUUCAGGAUUGUUUUUGUAUUUAUAAAUUUUUUUUGCUUUUAAUCUCUACUGUUUCUAUUUAGUGUACUUGACGGUUAAUGAAGGCAACUGUGCAUAUUGGUCUUUCACUGGAUUGUCUCAAAUGAUGCUGGGAAAUUCAGUGUAAAGUAACACAGUGCAAAAGCUCAUAUCUCAUGUUUUCAUCACUGCUGUUGUAACAAUAAAAACAAUAUUGCUAAAUAAAA